CCCAAUCACAACGAAUUCCUACGCACGGCGCGAAGCAUGCUUCAUCGCUGUAGAGCGGGUAUGCUGAUGAUGAUGUGCAGUGCAAAGCAGGUUUUGCCGCUCACCCAGGCGCCCACGUUGGCAUCACCCAGUAUCGCCACGUUAUCACAUCCCGCUAACGUACGCCCACCGCAGGAUCUUAAUCGCUCCAUCGUAACCAUGACCACGAACAACGAUCCUCGCGAGGUCGAAGCCAUAUUUCAGCGCAAGCGGUCGCUUCGAUCCAAACUUCGCAAGGAGCUCCAGAACAUGGACCCAAUCCGAAGAUCUGAAGAAGAUAUAGCAAUUCAGAGUAUUGUUUUAGGAGCUCCAUGGUUUCAGGCUAGUAAGAGUUUGUGCGCUUAUAUCAGCUGUGCUGCUUUACGAGAAGUGGAUACAUCACGAAUUAUCUCAGAAGUUCUAUCCAAACCAGUUGAAGAUCAGAAAAAACUUUAUGUUCCACGUGUGGAGGACAGGAAUAGCAAUAUGAGAAUGCUCAGGAUUUCCAAUGUUAAUGAUCUGAUAGAAAAUUCGAUGCAUAUUUUGGAACCAUCUCUUGUAGAUUCUGACGGGAAACAAUGUGAAGAUGUUAUGGAGGCAAGUGAUCCAGUUGACUUGUUCAUCCUACCCGGUCUUGCAUUUGACAAAUCUGGAAGACGCUUGGGCCGUGGUGGGGGUUACUAUGAUCUGUUCUUUGCAAAGUACCAAGAGCUUGCAAAGAAGAAGAAAUGGAAGCAGCCUCUCCAUGUUGCACUGUCAUAUUCUCUGCAGAUCGUCGAAGAAGGAGACAUAGCUGUCACUUUCAAUGAUGUUCCAGUGGAUGCUCUGGUAUCCCCUGCUGGUUACAUACCUAUAAGCCAAGUCGCUUUGGACGGGUGAAUGAAUAGAAGUCAUCUUCUUUCCUGUGUAUAAAGAAAACUGGUCUCGCAUCUUUACCAGAUGGUGUCCUAUUAAAUUGAAGCAUGGAAAGUAAUUUCUCAUUCCCCUGCAUUGUUAAAUUAGUAUGUGGGCUGCUUGACAGCUUGCUGGUACCCUUUCAUUUGUCCUGUACUAGCCAGGAGGGAAUGAGUAUAGGCUGCUAUGGUUUGGCUGCUAUUUUCCUUAUA